AUGGCCUCUUCUGGCAACAAUACUUCUAUUUCCAAUAGCGCUGGCAACAGCACAACAAAAACCCAAACAACCAAACGGCCACUGGUCAACUCGCAAAUGUCUACUAAUAGCCAACCGCGCACUUUACUAUCUCAACUUUCUCCUACCCACAACAAAAACAUCAUUGCUCUCUUGCAGGAUUACACUCCACCCACCCAAACCAACGGCACAGACUACCAAAUGAAGCUGUCUCUAAUUGACGAGUCUUUAGAGUCGACUAACCGCACAGUGGAUGUCCAAGUCUUCCUCAAAAGCCCUGCUGACUUCCCCAAGAACUUAAAGCGGCUUUCCGUGAUUGUCAAAAUCCCCCAACUAAACGUCUCAGUUCAUGCCACGAAAGGCAAAAGCAUUUUACUGGAUCGCAAACAAGGCAUGUUCCUUUUCAAAGUCGACCAGGAAGGCGCCUCUUUCUAUCCUUAUGAGUGCAUUCCUGCUCAAAAGUACCAAACCUGUCCUUCAGAUCAACUGCAUAUCCAAACCGUCGCUGAAAAGCUAAUUGAGCACAUAACUCUAGGCCCUGUCCCUUUUCCCUACAUCAAAACCGCCGGUCUUAUUUUCACCGGAUGCGGCUAUGUGUAUGAUAUUGAGGCCAAACCGGACUAUACCCUUCUAACUCUUCAAGAUAUGUCCACAAAGGAGCUGCACAUUCGUCUUUGGGACCGUUUACCCACCGAAAUACCUAAACUCAAUGACUUUAUUAUGGUCGAGUGUCUUCGUGCCAAAGAAGUCACUUCUAAGCACAUUCUCUGUGAUGUCAGCCGUAGUAUGCCCUUUAUCUGGAAGGCCCAAGACUCCCCGCUGAUCAGUAAUAUGUACGCAGUAUUUGAUACUAUGAACUAUGCCCGCGUUGCUUCUCAAAUCCAAGCCCAGGUGCAGCUCCUCACCGACAAUCAGGCAGAGCCCGAGCUAACUCUGGACGAAAUCAUUGCUAAAAACGACGCACUUGUCCCAAUCACUCGCACUAGUCCUAUUUUCCAAGCAGUUCUCCCUCUACCGAUCCAUCGCCACUACGCCACCAAUAACACCCGGACCCUCCAUAUUAACAUGGCUGCUCUCAAAGAAAAGCACCCUAACGUGUCCGCCGACCAGAUUAUUCCCGUUGAUACCGCCGAGUACCAGCAAGUACACGUCACUUUCAAGCGCCUUGACCCCUGUCCCCACCUCAUAGCCAAAAGCUACGCCUACUUCGAGCGAACGCAUGGCUUUGCGCGCCUUACCCUCUACCUAACCCAAGACCUCUGGCCACUCACCCCUCAAUAA